UUGAUAGCCAGUUUUCACCGAACUUUUGGGCGACAUUUGACUUGUAAUCAAAGACCAAAACACAGGAAGGUAUAGAAUAUGAUCAAAGCAAGUGUCUUUCUUUUCAAUCAAAGCAUAGAAACUAGGUUUACUCCAAUCUGAAAGGCAAAGUAAGCUCACCAACAAAGGCAGAUCCAAAAGGGGAAAAAACAAAGGACAGAGAAGAAAAAUAGAGCAAAAAGGGGAAAGAAGAAACAUAAUUAAAGCCAAUUACGCAAAUCCUUGAAAAGAAAAGGCAAGCCGUUUCUUGGAUUAUAACCAUUUAAUGUGCUGUUUGGAUUACAUGGAAAAAGAGGAAACUGGAGAGAAAAGCAAAUUGUUGCAUCAUAUGGAUUGAUUGGUUUGUUGGGUUUGGGUGGUCCCGCGCUUUUCUUAUACUUCACUUGAAAAUUUUCCCGAACAGUGGAAGUGGGUAUAUAUAAUGAGGAGGGUAUCGACUUGCUGCUUCAGAAGUCGAGCCCUGAAGGCCCAUAGGAGUCAAAGUGAUUCACAGGGAUCGAGGGAUAAUAUGGAGGACCCAUCAACAAGCAGUGUCAGUGGCGGCUUUCAUUCUGAGAACUCAAACAAGGAUGUAAACAGUUCAAGCAACAGUAUUGCCGGCAAUAUAAUACUGAAUCAUGACUUCUCUGGUGGUCUGCUUUCAUGGCAUCCCAAUUGCUGUGAUGGCUUUGUGGUUUCAGCCGAGUCUGGUCACUUUGAAGCAUUAUUGGCAAAGUCAGGCAGUCGUUAUGCUGUUAUUACAAAUCGCAAGGAGCUUUGGCAAGGCUUGGAACAAGAUAUCACAAGCAGAAUUUCACCAGGUUCCACUUAUACUGUUUCUGCUCAUGUUGGAGUAUCAGGGUCUCUUCAGGGCUUUGCCAAUGUCCAGGCUACACUUAAAUCACAAUACCAAGAUUCAUCUACUAGCUAUUUGUUGAUUGGACGGACAUCCGUUUCAAAAGACCAGUGGCAGAAGUUGGAAGGCAAGUUUUCAUUGUCAACUAUGCCUGACCGUGUUGUAUUUUAUUUGGAAGGGCCUUCUCCUGGAGUUGACUUACUCAUAGAAUCAGUAGUGGUAACCUGUUCCAGUGAACCCACUAGUCGGAGCACUAGAUCCAUCUGCACUGAAGAUGACAACAUCAUAUUGAACCCCGCAUUUGAGGAUGGCCUUAAUAAUUGGUCUGGCAGAGGCUGCAAGAUUCUUUUGCAUGACUCUAUGGGAAAUGGAAAAAUCAUUCCAAUGACUGGAAAGUUCUUUGCUUCCGCAACAGAACGCUCACAGAGCUGGAAUGGGAUUCAGCAAGAGAUAACUGGAAGAGUGCAGCGAAAGCUUGCAUAUGAGGUUAAUGCUGCAGUGCGAAUAUUUGGUAACAACGUCACCAAUGCUGAUGUAAGGGCUACGUUAUGGGUUCAGGCAUCAGAUCUCCGUGAACAGUACAUUGGCAUUGCCAAUGUGCAGGCAACAGACAAAGACUGGGUACAGAUGCAUGGAAAAUUUCUUAUAAAUGGUUCUCCAUCAAGGGUAGUAGUUUAUUUAGAAGGUCCACCUCCAGGCACUGACAUUCUUCUCAAUAGUCUAGUGUUGAAGCAUGCAGAGAAAAUCCCUCCGUCACCUCCUCCAGAUAUUGAGAAAGCACCUUUUGGAGUUAAUAUUAUUGCGAACAGCAACCUCAAUGAUGGCACCAAUGGUUGGUUUCCUCUUGGCAAUUGCACUCUGACUGUUGGAACUGGUUCACCACAUAUACUGCCUCCAAUGGCAAGAGAUUCUCUUGGACCUCAUGAGCCUCUAAGUGGUUCGUACAUUCUUGUCACUAAGCGCACUCAGACUUGGAUGGGUCCUGCUCAGAUGAUCACAGAUAAAGUGAAACUAUAUUUGACAUAUCAAGUAUCUGCAUGGGUCAGAAUUGGUCCUGGGGCCACCGGUCCUCAGAACAUAAACGUAGCACUGGGGGUGGACAGCCAGUGGGUAAAUGGUGGCCAAGUUGAGGUUAAUGAUGACAGAUGGCAUGAAAUCGGUGGCUCUUUUAGGAUCGAGAAGCAACCAGACAAGGUGAUGGUAUAUGUUCAAGGUCCUGCCCCUGGUGUGGAUAUGAUGGUUGCUGGGCUUCAAAUUUUUCCUGUUAAUCGACAGACAAGGUUCAGACAUUUAAAGAAUCAAACUGAUAAGAUACGUAAGCGUGAUGUUACCCUGAAAUUCUCAGUAUCAGAUUCAGGCAGUUUGCCUGGCACCUUUUUGAGGGUCAGGCAAACACAAAACAGUUUCCCCUUUGGGUCAUGCAUGAUGAGAACAAACAUAGACAAUGAAGAUUUCGUUGAUUUCUUUGCUAAAAAUUUUAACUGGGCUGUGUUUGGAAAUGAGUUGAAGUGGUAUUGGACAGAGCCACAGCAAGGAAAUUUCAACUACAGAGAUGCUGAUGAGCUCUUGAACUUCUGCACAAACCAGAACAUUGCAGUCCGUGGACACUGUAUUUUCUGGGAGGUGGAAAACACAGUUCAGUCCUGGAUACGGGUUUUAAAUAAAACCGACUUGAUGACAGCUGUUCAAAACCGUCUGACAGGCCUUCUCACACGCUACAAGGGAAAGUUUAAGCACUAUGACGUGAACAAUGAGAUGAUGCAUGGGUCGUUCUAUCAAGACCAUUUGGGAAAAGAUAUCAGAGCAAACAUGUUCAAGACUGCAAACAAACUAGACUCAUCUGCCACCCUGUUUGUAAAUGAUUACCAUGUUGAGGAUGGUUGUGACACCAGAUCAUCUCCAGAAAAGUACAUUGAACACAUUCUUGAUUUGCAAGAGCAAGGCGCGCCUGUGGGAGGAAUUGGAGUUCAAGGGCAUAUAGAUAGUCCAGUUGGGCCAAUCAUUUGUUCUGCUCUGGAUAACUUGGGCAUUCUCGGUCUUCCAAUUUGGUUCACAGAGCUUGAUGUGUCUUCCAAUAACGAGCAUGUUAGAGCUGAUGACUUGGAAGUAAUGCUCCGGGAAGCUUUUGCCCAUCCUGCAGUGGAUGGUGUGAUGCUGUGGGGAUUCUGGGAGUUGUUUAUGAGCCGAGACAAUUCUCAUUUAGUGAAUGCAGAAGGUGACCUUAAUGAAGCUGGAAUAAGGUACCUUGCUCUUAAACAGGAGUGGCUGUCCCAUGCUCAUGGGCAUAUCGAUGAUCAGGGACAAUUCGGGUUUAGAGGCUUCCAGGGAACGUACGUGGUGGAAGUUGUCACCCGGUCCAAGAAAGUUUCAACGACAUUUGUUGUUGACAAGGGUGAGGAGCCCCUGGUGGUAUCCAUAAACUUAUAGUUUCACAAUAAAUAUAUUUCAUUUGUGCUUGUGUUAUAUGAUAUACAGUGUGAAAAUAGAAAAUGUCUUGGGCAAAUUAAAAUUGUCUUCUUGUUUCAGAUAUUACACCUUGUACCUCAAUACUUUGUAAUAUUCCUAAAUUGGUGUGCAUUAUGAAGAAAUUCUAUUUUCUUAAAAGAAUAUAAUGAUGUUAAGGAAUGGGCCU